AUGAGUUAUUUUUCUGAUGUGACCAACAUUUGCUGGUUUUUGGAGGCAGAGUUUGCGAGGGAAGUGGUGAGGUUGCACACAGUGGUGGGAAAUGCUGUCACAGAAGGGCGUCACAUUGUAGUUGGAACAGGUUCUUCUCAGCUAUUUCUGGCUGCUCUCUAUGCUCUCUCCCCAACUGAUGCACCUGAACCAAUCAGUGUUGUCUGUGCCUCCCCCUACUACUCAUCGUACCCAUCAAUGACGAAUCACUUGAAAUCAGGACUUUACCAAUGGGGUGGUGAUGCUGAAAGUUUUGAGAAAGAGGGUCCCUACAUUGAGCUGGUUACUUCACCAAAUAAUCCUGAUGGACAUGUAAGAAGAUCUAAGGUCAACAGAAGCCAGGGAGUUUUGGUCCAUGAUCUUGCCUAUUACUGGCCCCAGUACACUCCAAUAUCAGGACCUGCAGAUCAUGAUCUUUCCCUUUUCACUGUCUCAAAAAGCACUGGCCAUGCUGGAAUGCGCAUAGGGUGGGCUCUUGUGAAAGACAAAGAGGUAGCAAAGAAAAUGACAAAAUUCAUAGAGCUGAAUACAAUUGGAGUGUCUAAGGAUUCACAACUCAGGGCUGCUAAGGUUAUUAGGGCAGUUUCUGACAGCUGGGAACAAGGAAACUCCCAAGAGGGGGAGUCAUUCUUCAAGUUCAGCCACAAACAAAUGGCCAACAGGUGGAAGCAACUGAGACUAAUUGUGGAGCGUAGCGGCUUGUUUAGUUUGCCCAAAUUUUCCCCAGCAUUCUGCACUUUUUUCAAACAGGUCUUGGAGCCUCAACCAGCUUUUGUGUGGCUAAAGUGUGAGGGAAACGUGGAAGACUGCGAAAGCUUCCUUCGAGCACAAAACAUCUUAACUAGAAGUGGAAAACACUUUGGGGUUAGCCCAAAAUACGUAAGAAUUAGCAUGUUGGAUACUGACGAAAAUUUUAGUCACUUUCUAGAGAGACUUUCUGCAUUACAUUCGUGA